UCAGCAUAUACCAGGGCGGGCCGAAGCAGAGAAGAAUACGACGAAGAUCUUGCAGAUAAAAUCAAAACGCUUGUGGAUCCUGAUGUUAUCGUUUUAGCCGGGUGGAUGCACAUCGUCUCCCCAAAAUUUCUCGACCGUUUCCAAGAUAUCGUCAUCAAUCUGCAUCCAGCGAUGCCUGAUAAAUUCGAUGGCAUCAAUGCAAUCAAGCGCGCAUACGAUGCUUUCCAAACUGGCGAGAUAGAAAGUACUGGAGUCAUGGUGCAUUUGGUGACGCCAGAGGUGGAUCAGGGCCGUGUUCUGAAAGUAAAAGAAGUUCCUAUCAAAAAAGAAGAUGAAUUAGCAGAUUUAGAAAACCGUAUGCACGAAACAGAGCACAUAUUGCUAGUCAAAGCCGUACGCGAUUUCGUGAACGACUUGUAGCUAUUCCUAAGGACCUUCAUGCUGGGAAAUAGAAAUUGAAGUGGAGAGAAUAUGUAUUUGGGUCUACCGCCGAGCGAGCAACGUAUUCAAGAGACGUAUGCAUACACAAACAAAUACAGGGCUGAGAACACGAGCCAAACAAUGUGUAUGAGUUUUCGUGCCUGAAUUCGGUAGCCAUGACUAGAUUACUUAUUCAACCCUAAAACACACUCGAGUACUCGACUAGUUCAAACGGGUUGGGUUGUAAUUUGGAGCUGUGCUCAAGUUUAUAAACCUCCCCAACAAUUUAAUGGAUAGUCACGAAACCGAAAACUCACCGUCGCGAAUCUCCCAAUUUAUUCGUAGAAGAUGCUACGUAUAAUUUUUUGAUCCAUGCUGAAGUGAGAUGGCAAUCACGGUGCCAACUGAUGUCCUUAUACUAAUUGGAAUCAAUCAUCGACGUGAUUCAUCAAGUACUCAACAGCCUAGUGAGAACAAUAAUCGAUGCCAAAUUUAGAUGGAAGUAAGCGACAAUACAUCGACUAUAUAUAUAUUAUGGUAGUUUUACAUCUGACUCGCCAAAAGUUCGAAAGAAAAUCAGCC